AUGACGGAUCUUAUGCAUCAUGUGAAGUUCUUCGACGAGAACAAAGAUGGCAUUAUUACUAUUACGGAGAGUAUCAAAGCUUUUAUUGCGAUCGGAUGUGACCCUGCCUUCGCGGUUACCGCGGCAACCUCGACCCAUGCUGCUUUUGGUCCUUUGACAACGCCCCCUGGAAAAAUACCGACCACUAACAUCCAUGUGUCCCACAUCCACGGAGCAGUGCAUCCAAGUGACACGGGUGCCUAUGACAAGAGGGGAAAUUUUGUCCCGAAAAAGUUCGAUAAGAUAUUCGAGAAGUUUGCUCGCAGCGAGGAGGACGCCUUGUCGUGGUUGGAGGUAGAGACAAUGCUCGUCGCAAACCGGGACUUACUCAAACCUCUCUCAUGGCCGGCAUCUGAGACCGAAUGGCAGCUGAUCCACUUCCUGGGCAAGGACAGGCACGGGUACCUCCACAAGGACACCGUGAGGGGCAUCUAUGACGGGACCGUCUUCCCCAAGCUGCGGGACCAUAAGAUCGACCCUCAUCACAGCGACGCAUGA